UCGUUUACUCCUCCUCACUCGGCGCUACAGGGUGAGAGAGCUCGCGGACACCGUGAGAGGGGCGGUGGGAGGUUGUCACUGUGCCUCCGGGGACUGACGUCAUUUGGGGGAGACAGAAGGAUUGGCCGAAGGGGGGCCGCAGCCCCUCAGUCACCCACACGCACUUCCAGCGGGGGCGCCAGGGAGGUUAGUUCCUUACCCCGGUGCUUGAAAGCUGCACCGUCGGCGGGCGGAAGAGGAGCGACCCGUUUUCGAGACACCGGGUGGGCAACCUGGAGGGGGCUCGGGCUCGUCCGGCAGCAGGCCAGGGCAGCCAGGCCUACAGAUCAGUUUUUCCUGACUCUUCAUUGGAGAGGAACAACUAAGGGGCCUGGUUAACUGAAUGCGCUUGACCUUUGGAUUUAUAAAGUGAGACUGCAGUGGAACAUGGGUCAGAAGGUGACUGGAGGUAUAAAGACAGUGGACAUGAGGGACCCUGCGUACAGGCCACUGAAGCAAGAUCUCCAAGGACUUGACUACUGCAAACCAGCCAGACUUGAUUUGUUGUUGGAUAUGCCUUCGGUGCCUCACGAAGUUCAACUUCAGCACUCCUGGAAUAACAAUGAUCGGUCGCUAAAUGUAUUUGUCAAAGAGGAUGACAAACUUGUAUUUCACCGGCAUCCGGUGGCACAGAGUACAGAUGCGAUCCGGGGCAAAAUUGGCUACACGCGAGGUCUGCAUGUGUGGGAAAUUACAUGGGUUAUGCGACAGAGGGGGACUCAUGCUGUUGUUGGUGUAGCUACAGGGGAUGCUCCUCUACAUUCUGUGGGUUACACUACUCUAAUAGGAAGCAAUGGAAAGUCAUGGGGAUGGGACCUUGGUCGGAACAAACUAUACCAUGAUGGCAAAAACCAGCCAAGUAGGACAUACCCUGCUUUUUUGGAACCAGACGAAACCUUUAUUGUACCAGACUCCUUCUUAGUUGUUUUAGAUAUGGACGAUGGCACCCUGAGCUUUAUUGUGGAUGGACAGUACAUGGGCACAGCAUUUCGAGGACUCAAAGGAAAAAAGCUGUAUCCUGUUGUGAGUGCAGUUUGGGGUCACUGUGAAAUCCGAAUGCGUUACUUAAAUGGCCUUGAUCCUGAACCUUUGCCACUGAUGGAUUUGUGUCGAAGAUCUGUUCGUCUAGCAUUGGGAAAAGACAGACUGAAUGAAAUUCAAACACUUCCAUUACCAGCAUCUCUUAAAGGAUAUCUGCUCUAUCACUGACAGUGCUGUGGGCAGCCCCAGGCAAUGGCUGUCUCUGGACUGAGUAAACGCACACCCCCCUGCCGUGCUACUAUGCCUCCCAGUGGAUCAAACUUGUCCCUAGAUUGUUCUUUGGUAGGAAGAUAAGGGUACCAUCUCUUCACAUGCAUGCGUCCAACUUCAAAAAUACCUCCAAGGUUUGCUUUUCGUUUACAGUUUGAGUGUUGCAUGUGACUUUAAGCCAAGUAUGUAAUGACCAACAUUGUUAGUUUUUAAACUCUAAAUGCUCCUACAGAGGUUUUGAUGACCCUCAACUGUAAAUCUAUUUUCUCAAGUUUUUUUUAAACGUA